AUGUCCAGCAAAAUAAACUUGAAGUUCGACGCACGUCAGACUCCCGUGCCAACCCAACUGCACGAGAGUAUUUCGCAACCGCGUCACGUGAUACGCAACGUCGUUAGCGUGUUACACAAUAGGGCUGCGGCAUACUUUCAGUGUAGCCUGUGCAUGUAUCAUCCACUGCAAGUAAGACCUCAGAGCCUGAAAACACCAGCACAAUCAAGGCUAGAUUAUCAAACAUCUGUGCGAAAUGAUGGACCUGAAUGCGAGCUUCCGGAUCCUGGAGACUAUUUCACCCCUAACGAGGUAUACACAAUCGAAGUGUGCACACAAAAACUCCAUUUCGUGAGUUUCAGAUCGGCCACUUCGAACAGAAUCGAAUGGUUGUGGGGACUCCAUUUCCAUCAGAUUCCGAUGACGCUACACGAAGAUGCAUCUGUGAAUCCCGCUAUUUCAUCAGGACAGACAGAAGACAUGAACAUUUCGGAUUGCUUUAGUCAACUGUAA